CUUUCUUUCUUAGAUCUUCCUCUUCAUUAGUUAUUCUUUUCUCACUUUCCAUUCACUUCUCAAAAUCAUGGGUCUUUUCACAUAUGAAUCCGAGUUCACCUCCGUCAUCCCCCCUGCUAGGUUGUUCAAUGCCUUUGUUCUUGAUGCUGACAACCUCAUCCCCAAAAUUGCACCACAGGCAGUGAAGAGCGCUGAGAUCCUUGAAGGAGAUGGCGGAGUUGGAACCAUUAAGAAGAUCAACUUCGGUGAAGGUAGCACAUACAGCUACGUGAAGCACAGAAUUGAUGGGGUGGACAAGGACAACUUUGUCUACAAGUACAGUGUGAUUGAAGGAGAUGCUAUCUCUGAGACAAUUGAGAAGAUCUCUUAUGAGACCAAGUUGGUGGCUUCCGGCAGUGGUUCCGUCAUCAAGAGCACCAGCCACUACCACACCAAGGGUGAUGUUGAGAUCAAAGAAGAGCAUGUAAAGGCUGGCAAAGAGAAGGCCUCCCACCUCUUCAAGUUGAUUGAGAACUACCUCUUAGAGCACCAAGACGCCUACAACUAAAUUAUAUGACAUCAAAACUUAUGUCAACAAACAACUAUUUUCAUUUCCUUUUUGUUUUUUAAACUUCUGAAGUAGUGUUUUGGCUUGUAAUUUGGCUUGUUAUUGGAGCUUUUCAUUGAAAAGUGAAUAUUGUAUGUCUUUUCAUAUAAAAAUAAAAAGAAACUAAUGGAUUUGAAUAA